GAACCCGACCCCAAAAAAAGUCAUCCGACAUCUGAUAUGUGAUAUUCUGCUACUAGCUACUAGCGAACUGGACAAGCGUUUUCACCAGCUUGGUGCCAAAAAGUUAAAUAGUUGAUCGAGAAAGGGCCAAGCGGAUGGCCGUGAAAACGCAGCUCGCGAAAAAGAAAAAAGAAAAUCGUCGCGAAAUCGUCGCACUCCUAGAAAAUUACUAACUGUGUCCCGUGAUUCAUAAACAACGACUUUGCAAAGAAUGGAUAUACUUGGAAUUCUUACACUUGUCAGCUGCUUGGGAUUAACAACAGCAUCCGGAGUGCAUUUGAGCGAUAUUCAGCAGAAUUUGGUUGCCAAUGGAUCUGUUAUGUUGGCCCCGUUAAACAACUCGGAUGCUUACAGUGUGUCCAUAAACCUAUCGCAAUCGACUGUUAACAAUUGUCCUUCCCUGGAAAACGCAAGAUCUAUUGCACAAAUGGAGUUUCUGACACGAUUAACCGCCGGUUGUCGCUACGACAGAAUGGUGCCACCCACGGUCUAUAACAAAGAUGGUGAGGAGAAGCCCUUGGACAUCUAUGCCCGGUUCUAUAUUUACGUGAUGAAGAACUUGGACUCGAGUGAUCUGCAGUUUAUGGUGCAGGGUCUUUUGCAAUUGCGCUAUGAGGAUCCCCGACUGGCCUUCUCCAGUUACCUGCCCAAUCAAAGGCAGCCAAUAAUGGGAGAAUCCGAACUAAAGAAAAUGCUCUGGGUGCCACAUAUUUUCCUGACCAACGAGGAGGCCUCCAGCGUCUUGGGCACCAGUGCCAAGGACGAACUGACCUCCAUUUAUCCAAAUGGUACGGUUUUGAUCACCACAAGACUUCAGGCCACUCUCUACUGCUGGAUGAACUUCAAGAAGUUUCCGUUUGACGAGCAAAAGUGCACCACAAUCCUGGAGAGCUGGAUGUACAAUACUUCGCUGGUGGAACUUCACUGGGAGACCGUGAAGCCCGUGAGUUUCGACAAGCAACUUCAGCUGACGGAAUAUAACCUCAUUGGUUCGCUCUACAACGAGUCAAUCAGGGUGUCCAAUGGUUCCUUUAUGACUCAUGGCUCUUUGGAGGGCAACUACAGUAUUAUUAGCUUUACUGUUUUGCUUACACGCGAAGUAGGUUACUAUGUGAUUGACUACUUUUUGCCUUCGAUCAUGAUUGUUACCAUUUCGUGGGUGUCCUUCUGGCUGCAGGCAGAUCAAACACCAGCGAGAACUACUCUGGGUUGCACCACCCUGCUGUCUUUUAUCACACUAUCCCUGUCGCAGGAGAACGAUCUGAUGAAGGUGAGCUAUGUGACCAUGUCGGAGGUGUGGUUCCUGGUAUGCACCAUCUUCAUCUUUGGCAGCCUGGUGGAGUUUGCCUUUGUAAACACCAUUUGGCGCAGGAACAACGAUCUACAGCUCAAGAAACGCACUACCAAAUACAUUGUCAAAAACACUUUUGUGCCGAAGAGACAUAGACAUCGGCAUGGUUAUAAACGGACCGAUAGCACCAUAAGUACCAUGAGCUCCACUAGCAUGGACAAGUCCUGUGGUCGUGAAAAUACUGUGAUCACCAUCGAGACACCCAUAAUCAUAGGAGGCAGUUUCAGUCGCGAGGAUUCGGCCAUUAGUUUGGAUGAGCAAGAUGAGUCCUCCAAUGCGUCGUCCGGUGAUUCUACAAAGGAAAAACCCGCCCCCCAAACUUUUGCCACGAUGACGCCCAAGGAAGUGUCCCUGUGGAUCGACCGAAAGAUGCGAUUCGUCUUCCCGCUCUCCUUCAUUGUUUUCAACGCCCUGUUUUGGACUCUGGUCUACUGCCUGUGAGGUGUUUUUCGAAGGGAGGGAGAGAGCCAUUCUGUGAUCCUGGAGCAUCCUCACCACUUGCCUCAAUAGACUUAGUCCCUUAGCCCUAGAUGCACAUACCUAUUUUAGAAAACUAGAGCUGUUCAAAAAAAAACAUAAACACACAGAACAAACUUAUGAAAAUCUACACUUCUAUAGAAACGUAGUAAAUCUUAGUAUGCAUAACACAUGAAAUUUAACAUGCGUUAUAUUUAUAUUAAAAAUUAUGAUUUUAUACUUAACUAAAAAAAUUACAGGUUUCAAUUCAAUUAUUUAUCAGUGUAAAAAGGUGUAUAAUCUUAAAAAUACAAAGAAAUCAUGACUACUUAUUCGCUAAAUUUAAUCACGAGCUAAUUUUAGUCGCCGAAUCAAAAAAAAUUGUUCAAUCUAGGGUUAAGGCCUGUUUACACGAUCUGAGUUUCCAUCUGAGUUAUUGCUCAAAUGGUGUAAACACACCGGUCUAAAGUAUUAAACUGAGAUUUCAGAUAUAAGCUCCGAACACAUAUAUAACCUGUUCUUUUUUAUCGCUCCCUUUAAGCUAUAAAAUACCAAAAAACUUUGAUGAGAACUCAGUUUGCGUAGAGAGGCCUUGCCUUUAAUCCACAUAACCAGCAGACAGGUGUGGAGUUUUCCCCAGCAAGGGCAAACGAAC